AUGCACCGGACAUGGAACCCGUGGUUACACUUGGGCAGGACUCGAACGCGUUCUCCUAUGGUGAAAUCUGAGAUGCAGAUUGCACACCCAGUGUCCAAACCUGGGAGGCGCGCAGCAGGGGUGUCAUCAGAAGGCACAAAACUCGAGCACCUUAGUGCACACCUUAUAAUGGAAUUCAAUCCAAGUGAGCAAAUUAAGGCACACAAGAGGACUGAUAGGACCAUUACAACAUUUGCGUCAAACGUGUUAUCACUAUGUUCUGUACUUGAUGGGGCAACUGCUGUUGCAGUUGAUGCUGGAGGUGAACUAUAA